GGCGUGAGUGGCGGCGUCGGGGCGUGCAGCGCCCAGAUUUGAUUCUGAAAGCCAAGAAAUGAAGCAAUUGCCAGCAGAAACUGUCCGCCUUCUUUCAAGUUCACAGGUGAUCACGUCAGUUGUCAGCGUGGUUAAAGAACUGAUAGAGAAUUCUUUGGAUGCCAAUGCAACAAGUGUUGAUGUUAAGUUGGAAAACUAUGGAUUUGAUAAGAUUGAGGUGCGAGACAAUGGUGAUGGGAUCAAGGCAGCUGAUGUUCCUGUCAUGGCUAUGAAACACUACACUUCAAAAAUAAGCUCUUCCGAGGACCUUGAGAGCUUGACAACAUACGGUUUUCGUGGUGAAGCUUUGGGAUCAAUUUGUUGCACAUCAGAGGUUCUGAUUACAACGAAGACAGCUGCUGAUGGUUUUAGCACCCAAUACAUUUUGGAUAAAAGUGGUCAUGUAACUUCUCAAAAACCAUCUCAUCUUGGACAAGGUACAACUGUAACGGUUCUGAGGCUGUUCAAGAAUUUACCUGUAAGAAAGCAGUUUUAUUCAACUGAUAAAAAACGUAAGGAAGAGAUAAAAAAAAUCCAGAAUCUUCUGAUGGCAUAUGGUAUUAUAAAACCGGAACUGAGGAUAGUGUUUACACAUAACAAGGCAGUAAUAUGGCAAAAGACCAGGGUAUUGGAUCACAAAAUGGCUUUCAUGGCAGUAGUUGGAACUGCAGUUAUGGGCAGCAUGGCACCAUUUCAACAUUGUUGUGAAGAUCCUGAAGUAUUUCUCAGUGGCUUCCUUCCAAAGCCUGAUUCAAGUGGUUGUCUGACAAGUCAUUCAAGUUCAGAAAGAAGCUUCAUCUUUGUAAAUAAUCGACCAGUGUAUCAAAAGGAAAUACUCAAGCUGGCUCAACGAUACUAUAACCUGAAGUCGCACAAGGAUUCUAAUCGUUCGUACCCUAUUUUCUUUAUCAAUAUUACUAUUCCUCCAUAUGCUGUGGAUGUCAAUUUAACACCAGAUAAAUCUCAAGUAUUGCUGCAUAAUAAGGAUACUGUCUGUCUUGCUAUUGAAGACAUCUUGACAUCACUGUAUGGACCUCUAACUGGGGCUAUGUCUUGUGAAACUGAAAUAACAGAUGCUACCUUAGAAGGCAUCUUUGUUAAUGAAACAGAACAAAUGAUUGAGUCUGCUAACAAAAUUGAAUCCUGUAGUAACAUAGAUCCACAUACAUCAUUUUCAUUUAGUAAUGAUGUGCAAAAUGGGGACACUGAAAAAAAUACAGAGGUUGGUUUGAAGAACCAAACAAUGUAUAAUAAUUCUUCUAAAGGUCUUCCUAGCAAAAUAGAAAUAUCUGGCAAUGAGACAAUUGGAUAUGAUAGAUUUGAAGAUGGCCCACUAAAUAUUUUUUUAUCUGAGGACCAACAGAGCAAGUCUAAGGUAGUAUUUAAGGUUGGCAGCAAAACCUUAAUAGACACUCAUUCUAAAAAUAGCAUUGAGGGUGAUUUGAGAAAUGACAAUUUCCAAGAAGCAGAAAAAAGAGAAGGAGCCAUAAUCCCAAAAGAUUCUUUAGAAGUCACUGCUGAUAAAUGGAGUCUGGGAAAUGCAUUUAAAAAUUCUAGAGGAGAAAACCUGGAACCUAUUCAGAUUUUAAUUCCUGGAAUGAAAGAAGCAAGACCCCAAAAUAAAAAUGAUGGAGAUAACCAAGAAAAACUUCAAGAGGAAAAUAAUCAGAGUAAUAAAACACCAAAUGUGAUAAAUGAUAAAGUGGGACAGAUUACAGCUUAUGAUUUAAUUAGAAGUCGGAUAAUAAGGAAACCCAUGUCAGCAUUUGCCCUUUUUACUCAAGACCAUCGUCCUGGAUUGUUGACUGAAAAUACCAAAGUAAGCGCAGAAGAAUUAAACCUAAAAAUGGAAGAAAAGUGGAAAACUCUGAAUGAAGAAGAAAAAAAGACAUAUGAAGAAAAAGCUGAUAGAGACUUGGAGCGGUACAACAGGCAAAGCAAACAAACUAUGAAUCAAAAUAUGCAGAGAUCAACAAAAGAAAGAGAAAAAAGACACAAGGUCAAACUGAAAGACUGUCUAUCUAAUCAGGAGAAACUUGACAGCCUUUUUCAUUCUCAAAAGGAGAAGAAAUACAAUUGCCAAGCAAUAAAAAUUGUGCAUAUACCCUUUUCUAUGGAUUCAUUCAAACAUAAACUUCACAUGCUUGAACAGAAAGAGUCAGAUAAAGAUGAACGUUGCCUAAUUCAUCUCCUGAAUUUUCCUGAUGCAUGGAUAAUUGCCUCUGAGAAAAAGAUAAUGAUGUUGAAUCCAUACAGAGUAGAAGAAGCUCUUCUAUUUAAAAGACUUCUUGAAAAUCAUAAACUUCCGAUGGAGAAACUGGACAAACCAAUUGAAUUAACUGACAGUCUUUUUAGCGGCCCUCAUUAUAUGGAAGCUCUUUGCAAUAUGACCAAAGAAACUGCCAGAUUCGAUGGAUCAUCCUGUUUGUUGGAUUCAAGACUUGUAGCAAAUGGAUUUAAGAUAAAGAUAAUUCCAGGUGCUUCAGCUACAGCAGAUCAGGUGAAAAUAGAAGAAAUGACGAAAUGUGUGCCAUACUAUGGUGUAUCAGAUCUGAAAGAAAUUCUGAGUGCUGUGCUAAAUAAUAAUGCAAAGGAAGUCUAUGAGUGUAGACCUCUUAAAGUGGUAAACUACUUGGAGGGCGAAGCAGUGCGACUUUCCCGACAGCUACCCUUGUAUUUAUCUAAGGAAGACGUGCAGGACACCAUAUACAGAAUGGAGAAGCAACUUGGAAAUCAACAUAAAGGCUGUGUUCAUGGUCGUCCAUUUAUUCAUUAUUUAACAGAUAUUCCACAAAGCAACUAGCAAGGAAAUAUUUUGUUCAAAAUCACAUUUCACACUUUUAUAUACAUGUUAUAAUGUGGAAAUUUGCUAUUUUGUAAAAUGUAAGCACUGAAUUAAUGUGUUUUAGAAUUCUUGUUUUUCUUAUGAAAAUAUAAUGCUGAAAACUAUACACGUUUCUUCUCAAGUAAAAGAAAACACAAAGGUGACCAGAGGUGAAAAUGGAUCCCCACAUAUAAUAGUUUUACAGCUCUCUGUACUGUACAAGCUUGUUCAUAAAGCAAAGCAUACAGUGCAUUUGGAGUAACAAAGAAAGCAUAAGGAGAUGGGAGUGUAAUGUUUAGUAGCAAAAAUAGAGGAGAAUCAGGGAGAAAGCUAAAGCAAGGACUAUACCCAUUCAAGUGUACAUCUAUCUUUACAAUUGUAUUUUCUACAAAAACAGUAACAAUGUACCUAAACUGAAUUUUAUAUUUCUCUUGUUAGAUAUAUUUUUGGUAUAAAAGUACAUUCUACAUGUUAAGUGCUCAAAUUUAUGAAAGGCUAUUCCUCAGAUAAAACAAUUAAUUGAUCAAUAGAAAAAUGCAUGUGUAGAAGCAGUUUCUGGCCAUGAAUUCUCUUGCUAGAUUGGGAACUGCACAGACAGGAUGCACAUUCAACAUGAGACCAAGUGUGUCUUUCUAGUGGUGUAGUCUUGUAAAACUAAUAUAUAGAUGGUUGUACUAGCAUUGUACAAGCAUUGUACACAGGUCACAGGAUCAAUUUCUAUUAUUUCAAAUUAUAGUAACAUACUGUUACAUUGUAGUAUGUAGCUGUUUUAUGAAAAUACAGCCAUCUGGCAAAUACACAUUAGCAGUAUUACUUGUAUUAAAUGACAUGAUUAGCUUAUUUGUAAACAAAACAAUAAUUCUGUUAACAUGUAACUAUGGCUAAAAGCAAGACAACUUUUCCAGUUGUUUUUACAGCAAAUGAUUUUCAGAUUGCUAAUCACUUCAGUAACUGGGAACUGUGUGAGUUUGACCAGAAAUAAAUCAGAUUCUGUACCCUUCUUCACUGUGAAGCUAUAGCUUUCAUUAGUCUCAGAAUAUAACAAUGGAUAUAUACAUUAUAUGAUAUUUGAUACACAUUUGAAAAUUAUAAUCUUUGGCAACUUGAAUUUCACCUGUUGGUUUCUUCAGUGGUACUUCCUGUCUACAAUGCAAUAUAAUCAGAGUAAAUAGACUAGAAUUUGUGCUACAUAAACAAGCACUUCCCCUUUUAUUUCAGAUUAAUAUUUGCACACAGAUUAAUAUUUUGUGAACCGCCCAGACAGCUUCGGCAAUUGGGCAGUAUAGAAAUGCAAUAAAUAAAUAUUUCACAAGCAUGGUCAUGGGAAUACACAGGAAGCUGCUUUAUACCAGGUUAGACUUCUGGUUCAGUAUUGUCUACUCUAACAGUGGCUCUCCAAGGGGUUGGGCAGAGGGCUUUCACAUCAUCUGCUACUUGAUUCUUC